UGGCCUAAAUAAUGAUAAUCGUCUCUUCCGUUUGCUUCGCGUGGCCUUGUAAAAAUACGAGUACACCAGCUCCUUUCCACGUUGGUACAGUUGCUAGUUAGUACGGUUAGUACUACACCCUAAACAUUGUCGGAAGUGGUGGUUUUCGUCAAUGGUAUUUGAGCUGCAUCGUCAGUGAGAUUGAAAACUAAGAAUGACAAGUUUAAAACCAAUGGAAUCAGCCAUUCUUCUGUUGAUUCGAUGCAUCAUUAGUAUUUACACCUUUGUAACAUGGCCCGUAUAUUUUGUACUUCAAAAACCAUGGAAAAUCAGAGCAAACCGCAGCAGGUUAAGGGCAGUGUCAUUGACACAUGGAGAUGACUUUAUUCUAUACAGGAGUGUUACAGAAAUCAGUGAUGUUCAUGCAAGAUUCCUCCAAGAUAAAAUUGAUACAAUGGAAAAGGUUUUCCGUUUUGCUGUGCGUCAACAUGGACAGAAAUGUGCACUUGGCACCAGAGAAAUUCUUGCAGAAGAGGAUGAGAUGCAGCCUAAUGGCAGAAUGUUCAAGAAAUUCUUGCUGGGAGAUUUUCAAUGGCGAACUUUUACCCAAACAGAUAGUGAAGCAGAAAGUUUUGGCCGUGGUUUAAGAGAAUUGGGAUUGAGAUCCAGAGAAAAUGUUGUUGUAUUUGCAGAAACAAGGGCAGAAUGGUUAAUUUCUGCCAAUGGAUGUAUGAAGCAGAAUAUGCCAAUAGUUACACUUUAUGCUACUCUUGGAGAUGAUGCCAUCAUUCAUGGUAUUAAUGAAACAGAAGUAUCUUGUGUCAUCACAUCUCAAGAGCUACUACCCAAAUUCAAGAACAUUCUUCCUUGCACACCAAAUGUCACACUUCUGAUCGUUAUGGAAGAUCCGCUCAAACCCUUAGAUCUAAAUGGUUAUGGCGAUACAGUUGCAGUUCUACCUUACCAAGAAGUUAUUCGGCUCGGUGAUCUUUCAAGCAAAUCUGGAUGCCUACCAAAGCCAGACGAUACAGCAAUUAUCAUGUAUACAAGUGGCUCAACCGGCUCUCCAAAGGGAGUAAUCAUGAGUCAUCAAAAUGUCGUAAACGCUAUGUUGGGUUACACAAACGUUACCACUUUCUAUGAAAACGACGUUUACAUGGCCUACCUCCCAUUAGCUCACGUGUUAGAACUAAUUUCAGAAAGCAUAUGGAUGCUUUUCGGGAUACCAAUAGGGUAUUCAACUCCACUCACGAUGACAGACAAAUCUAGCAAAAUCAAACGAGGUAGCCAAGGAGAUGCGUCCGUUCUACGCCCUACAAUCAUCGCCAGCGUCCCUCUUGUCCUUGAUCGCAUCCACAAAAGCAUCCAAGAAAAAAUUGAAGGAGGUCCUGCCAUUACGAAAGCAGUUUUCAAUUUAGCUAUGGAAUACAAAAAUGAGUGGACUGAUCGCGGAUAUGAAACUCCCAUUAUCAAUACAACGUUGUUUAAACCAAUCCGAGCCCUACUUGGAGGACGCCUCAGAUUUGUCUUGUCUGGUGGAGCUCCUUUAGCCCCAGAGACGCACAAGUCUUUGAAGACUACGCUUUGCUGCCCUGUUUUGCAAGGAUACGGCCUGACAGAAACUUGCGCGGCUACAACAGUCAUGGAUCCUGAUGAUAAUUCAUUAGGUAUGACUGGAGGACCCCUCACUUGCUGUGAUGUCAAAUUAGUUUCUUGGGAAGAGGGGAAUUAUAGAAUCAAAGACUGGCCUAAUCCACGCGGAGAAAUUCAUAUUGGAGGAACAAACGUUGCCGUUGGUUACUAUAAACAACCAGAAAAAACGAAAGAAGAGUUCUACGAAGAGAACGGAAGACAUUGGUUUCGCACAGGAGAUAUUGGAGAAUUUACUCAGGAAGGGUUUCUUCAAAUCAUUGACCGCAAGAAAGAUUUGGUCAAGCUACAGUAUGGUGAAUACGUAUCGUUGGGCAAAGUAGAAACUCAAUUGAAGAUAAAUCCAUUGGUUGAGAACAUCUGCAUUUAUGCCGAUCCAACGAAAUUGUUUCCUGUGGCGUUAUUGGUGCCAAAUUUUGAUCACUUGAAGAGUCUAGCCGAAAAAAAUGGCAUUGAACUAAACACAAUUGAAGAGCUCUGCAGUCACCCAGAAAUGGCGAAGUUGGUUCUUGGAGAACUGCAAAAACAUGCAGUGAAAUGCCGACUACAAAAAUUCGAAAUUCCUCAAGCUCUCACACUUAUCCCAGAUAUUUGGACGCCCGACUCGGGACUUGUUACUGCGGCAUUCAAAUUAAAACGAAAAACCGUCCAAGAUCGAUAUAAAGCAUCAAUCGAUCGAAUGUACUCCUAGCCCUGAUCAUUGCUAAUACUGCAAAGCAUUUUUUGUUAGCAACUAUGGUGGUUUAGUGGGCCUUGGAUUUGGGAAAUUGUAAAUUGUUAAAUUUCUCUAAUUGUAGUAGUACGUACUGGGCCGUGCUAAAAUUGAUUCAUUCUUAUGGAAUACAUUGGCAUUAGAGACCACA